UUACAGAUACACGACUCUCAUCUGCAGUUUCGUGAGUUGGCUGAUUGGGGCGUAAGAUUGGCCCAUCACUGACCUGAGAAAACACCUGGAAUUCACACCUUAACCCCCCCCCUCCGGCCUCCCAUUGGUGCAGAGGUCGUAUAAAUCCGUCGGAUUUAUACGACCUCCAGGAGACAGGAGAAUGCUUGAAGCCCUCAGCAGACGCCAACCAGCAGCAUCCGCAGCAUCUGCAGCAGCAGCAUCUGCAGCUAUGCCCUUCAGCCACGACUCCUCUGAGCUCCAGCUGUGCGCAAACAGCGCCAUGCUAGAAGGCGACGAGCAGACGAAGGAGGUGCGCUCCCCGACCUCAGGCCCCUCCAGCCCGCUGUCCGUGAACUCGGAGUCCAGCUGCACCAGCCCGGAAGACAAGUCUGCCUCCGGCCAGCAGAGAGUCCGGAGGCCCCUGAACGCCUUCAUCAUCUGGACCAAAGAGGAGCGCAGAAGGCUGGCACAGCUCAACCCAGACCUGGAGAACACGGAUCUGAGCAAAAUACUCGGAAGAACCUGGAAGGCCAUGUCCUUGACUGAGAAGCGUCCAUACAUGCAGGAGUCUGAGCGUCUCAGAGUCCAGCACACCAUCGACCAUCCCAACUACAAGUACAGGCCCCGGCGGAAGAAGCAGCAGAAGAAGAGCUUCAAGCAGCAGACUGGAGAAGCAUCUAUGCCUUCUCUCUGCAGACCAGGCUUCAAUGUGCCGUACAACCUGGCACACCUGCUCCAGAACCAGCAGCAGACCUUCCCGAACACACCUGCUUUCCCACCUUCCACAGUUAACGUGAACACUUUCACAAACAGCCCGGUGUUUCCAGAUCCAGCAGCAGACACUUUCCCAAACAAUCCAGCCAUGUACUCAAACCCUCCUCCCUACCCUGCAGAGCCUCAGCCGUAUUUUGGCAGUCAGCACAUGCAGCAAGGUUUCUCCAGCUCUGCAGUGCAGCAGGAACAGUCCAGGGUCUACAGGGGUCCACAGUGCCCCGCCGCACCCUCCCUGGAGUUUUACUUGGAACAGGUUAAGGUGGACAUGCUGUACGAUCUGGACCGCAGCGAGUUUGAACAGUACCUCGGUCCAAACCGUCACAGGCCCGAGUCAGUGGAUCCCAGCAGCUACCAGCAGCAGAACAGCCACAGAGACCCGCACUCACUGUUCUGAAGCUGCUCCAAAUGGUGUAUUUAUUUACAUGAUUCCAGCGCAUCUUUGUCUUACUUGAUAACAAUUGCUGAAAGUGUAUGAAGCACAUUUGCUCUUUGACAAGUUGUUCUGAAAUAAGUAUAUUCAAAUAUGUGUUAUAAUGUAUCAAUAAAUAUAUUUAAUUCAACCUCUGCCCUCUUGUGUUCUUAUCAACAGGCAUGUUUACAUCGCUGUGAGAAUCGCACAUUAAAAUGACAAGUUUUUUAACUUUGAGAGAUUUUAAAAAACAAAAAACAAUACUGCAGUCAAGGCCCAAAAAACUGCACCAGUUCAUCGGUAAACUAUGGCUAAAACACUGGAUCCUACACUAAAUCCUAUAGAGGAUAAUGUGCAUUUAAUUUCCAGCUGUAAGCUUAAAAAGUUUUUGGAAAAAAAUCCCAAUACCGAAUGUUAAUAUUAUAAUUUAAAUGAAUUAUGACACUCACCAUAAACUUGAGCGAAAAACAAGACACCUGGGCUGUAAAUUUGGGGACAUUUCAAUGUCAGAUAAGUGCUCAGAGAUCAACUUAAUCUGCCGUUUAGCAAACAACAGACACAGAAAGAGAGUGCCUUCCAAAAUCCAUACUACCAUACUAUGUAGCAUGGAAGAAAAAGAUCGAGUACCACCCGAUACAUAGUGUGUCAGAUGUAGUUUGCCAAAAAUAACCGGAUGUCCAACUAUAAUCAAAGUCACAUUAUUACAAUUAAACAGCCUGUCCUGAUUAUAUGCAUACUUGUGCACAAUAGUUGUACAUUCUUCCUAAAGGCUGCUGUCGUACACACUUCAAGUAAGAACAACACCUUCUCCAGGAAGUGGACAGGGACAGCAACUGCUUAUUGGUUUUCAGGGUGAAACAACCCGUUUAGAACACGGAUAAAACCAGGAAGUAUGGAUCAUUCCAGACUUGGAGUAGAAGCUAUAGCGAGCUGUUGCUGCUGACCAAGAGGACAAACCUGCUGCUAGAAAAAAGAAAAAGGUAAAAAGAAAUUGUCUUAUCUAGAUAAUAUGCAUAACAGGGUUGCAUGAGGUAGAAUGACACAUUCAGUCAAGGCU